AUGUCCCUCAAAAUGGCUUCUCCACUUUAUCUGAUCUUUCUGUUCAUGAUCUCAGGAGCUCUUGGGAAUGAAUGGAGUGUGAAAUACAGCCAACUAAAUCUCUGUGCUAUAAAAGGAUCUACAGUGUUUAUGAACGGCACUUACACACACCCAACACGUCUUACAGUGAAGAACAGGUUUUGGUUAAUAAACCCAGUUGAGGAUAAAGAGCCGACUGAUCUGCGUAAUGAAGCAGGUUACUCAGACAGAGUGGAGUAUUUAGGAGAUGAACAGAAUCACUUCUCCCUCAGACUGAGUGAUGUGAAGAAAACAGAUGAACACAUGUACUACUUCAGAAUCAGAACAAACGAAGAAACAGAAAGAUGGCUGGGUAAACCCGGAGUUACACUCACUGUUACAGAUCUUCAGGUGAUCGCUCCUGCAGAAGUGUCAGAGGGACAAUCAGCCGUUCUGACCUGUAAAACCACCUGCAGUCUGACUGAUCCCACAUUCAUCUGGUACAAAAACAGCCGUGGUUUAACCACAAACACCACCAAGAGCAAUGAAGUCCACCUGCAGCGGGUCAGCAGUGAGGAUGCAGGCAGUUAUAGCUGUGCUGUAAGAGGAUAUGAACAUCUCCCCUCUCCUGCUCAAACCCUCAGCAUCAGAUAUCCUCCAAAGACCGUCUCAGUGUCCAUCAGCUCCUCUGGUGAGAUAGUGGAGGGCAGUUCAGUGACUCUGACCUGCAGCAGUGAUGCUAACCCACCUGUGGAGAUCUACACCUGGUUUAAGGGGAAGACAUCAGUAGGAAAAGGAAAGACCUACAUCAUCUCCAAGAUCAGAACUGAGGACAGUGGAGAGUACAAGUGCAGUUGCAGUAAUGAAGUCGGACAUCAGGACUCCAUCGGUGUAACUCUGAAUGUUCUGUAUCCUCCAAAGAACGUCUCAGUGUCCAUCAGCUCCUCUGGUGAGAUAGUGGAGGGCAGUUCAGUGACUCUGACCUGCAGCAGUGAUGCUAACCCACCUGUGGAGAUCUACACCUGGUUUAAGGGGAAGACAUCAGUAGGAAAAGGAAAGACCUACAUCAUCUCCAAGAUCAGAACUGAGGACAGUGGAGAGUACAAGUGCAGUUGCAGUAAUGAAGUCGGACAUCAGGACUCCAUCGGUGUAACUCUGAAUGUUCUGUGUUUCCUUCAUGGUUCUUUGAUUGUGUAUGUGGCUGUUGGAGUUGGACUUUUUGGGCUUGCAGCUCUUCUCUCUGCACUCUUCUGGCUGAGAUGCAAGAGAAAGAAGAAAAAGGAAGAUGAUGGUGACUAUCAGACCGCUGGGCCGAGUGCUAAAGACGACACGUACGCAGCUCUCGAUCUCGCAGGCCGGACAGCUGAUGAUGUGUAUCACACACUUGCAACUUUGAAGAACAUGAUCAGUCCCGAAACAGCUGAUGAAUAG